AUGGGGCUUAAAUUUUCUCGUACUCUGCUGCAGAGUGGCCAAUUCUGGGUGACGUUGGUGGACAACUUUGGAGCUGGCGGCAUCCCGUUGAUAUUCAUCGUGUUCUUCGAGUCGAUUGCUCUCUCCUUUGGUUUCGGUACGAUUCAGUCUUUCGGUCGAGCAAAGCGCAUCCACGAUGCCCUGUCCGAGAUGCUCGGCUAUUCGCCGUCCCUCUACUGGUACUACUGCUGGCGCUACGUCGUCCCUGCUUUAUUACUGGCACUCUUUGUUUUCGUCGUUGUUCUCUUUAAACCGUUACUUUACGCAGAUAACGUACCGUAUGCUCCGUGGGCGACUAUCCUCGGAAUUCUGAUGUCAGUGUCGUCAAUGAUCGCCGUACCGGCUUACGCCGUAUACUUUCUGUGCACCGCCCAGAAGGGAACAUUACGUCAGGUGACCACGUCAGGCGCUGGUCGCGAGUUCGUGUUCUAA